AUGGCAGAUAAAAAAGCUACAGUUUAUAUUAUUGAUGUUUCCCCUACUAUGUGGCAUGUUAAACGUGAUGAUGGUCGAACUGCUUUAGAGUUGGCUAAACAAGCUCUUUUGAGAUUGUUAGAAGCUAAGGCACAUGUUAUGGCAGGUUUAAAGUCAGAUUUGACUAGUUUAAUAGUCUGUGGAGCUGAUGAAACUGAUAAUGACUUAUAUAAUGGAUCGGAAGCUUAUAAAAAUAUAUCUGUACUCUAUCCUAUAUCACAACCUUUAAUAUCUAUUCUUAGAACUGUAAAUGAUAAAUUAACCAGGGGAAAUGUGCAGGCAGAUGCAUUAAAUGCAAUUACACUUGCAUCAAAUAUGAUAAACCAACAUUGCAGACAAUUAAAAUACACGAAAAAGAUUUAUCUUUUAACUGAUGGUGAAUCUCCAAUGAGUGAUACUGAAAUUGAUAAUGUUCAUAAUGAAGAAAUUCUCCAAAAACUUUGUGAGGCAUCUAAUGGAACAUUGUUUACAUUACCAGAAGCGUUAUCUCAAUUAUCCAAACCACAUAUUAGACAAGUAAAAUUUGUGGCAUCAUACCGCGGUCAAUUAACUUUAAACGAUCCUUCGAUGCAUCCUGAACGUUCUCUUGCUAUCGAAGUGGAAGCUUACACAAAAACGAUGAAAUCAACUCGUUUAACUGCAAAAAAAUACUCAACUUUUGCUGAAUCAGCAACAAAUCAGGACGGGAAAACAUGCGAAGUAAACAUGUCUAGAACAUUUUCUAUAACUGUUAACGAGGAUGGAAAAACUGAGAUCAUUGAUGUGUCCAAAGAAGAGUUAGAUAAGGCAUAUUUGUUAGGAAAAACUUUUAUUCCUGUCACUAAUAUUGAAGAAGGUGUUCUAAGUUUGAAUACUACUCAAUCAUUUUCUAUACUUGGUUUUAUUAGAUCAAAUCAGUUUAAAAGAGAAUAUCUUCUUGAUAAAGUUUACACAAUAGUCCCACCAAAAAAUAAUUAUUUGGCAGCAAAUUAUCUCUCUGCUCUGAUUCAUGGAUUAUAUGAGAAAGAAACUUAUGCUUUAGUUAGAUAUGUACGAAGAAAUUUUGAAGCUCCAAAAUUAGGUGUGUUAGCUCCUCAUAUCACACCAAAAAAAGAAUGUUUAUACUUUUCCUUUAUCCCUUUCAAAGAAGAUCGUAAAUACAUUGAACUUCCUUCUUUGGAACGUAUAUUUACAACAAGUGGGAGAAGAGUUGACACACAUCCUAAUUUACCAAGUGUUGAAGUAUUGGAUAAAAUGGAAAUUUUUAUUAAAGGAAUGGAUCUUAUGGAGGCUGCAGUAGACAAUAACGGAAAUCCUAAAGAACAUUUAAAAUUAAAAGAAUGUUAUAAUCCGACUCUCUAUGCUCUAAAAAAAGCAAUUGCACAUAAAGCAUUAAAUCCAGACACUCCAAUACCUGCAUUAGAUUCAGAAAUUAUUUCACAAACAAAGUUGUUACCAACAUUAGCAGAAAAAAAUAAAGUUGUUGUUGAAGAAUUAAAAAAACUUCUUAAUGUUAAAAAAGCCAAAGAAAAAGGAAAAACUGCUAAGCGUAGAUUUGCCGAGGCCAAUAAGCCUGCAGAAGCAGAGAUUCCUAUAAGUGAAUUAUUAAGUGCUAGUAGUGAAGAACAAACAGUUGAAAAAAGAGCCAGAGCUGAAAUUGAUGUAGAUUCUUUAUUAAAAGAUAAAAAUGCUGUCACUCGAGAAGUUGGUGCAACAGAUCCAAUAUCUGAUUUUAAUAAUAUGAUUUCAUAUAGAGAGGAAGAUUUAGUCAUUAAAAUUUCAUUUUGGGACUCUCAUUAUCCAAAGGCAUUAGAAUGUUUAAAACUCUUACGUACGGUUGCUUCACGGGAAAAUGAAGUUGAAAGCUAUAAUAACUUUCUUAGAGAAUUAAAAAACUUGUGCGUUCAAUAUUCACCACCAAAAACAGAUUUUUGGACGUUGGUUGUGAGAGAUCAUUUGACCUUGAUUAGUUCUGAAGAAGCUAUGGAUUCUACUGUUUCUAAAUCAGAAGCAGAAGAGUUUUUAUCAUUAUCAACAGCAGCAGAAUCACAACCUCCAGCAGAUGAUGAAGAAGGGAUAGAGUCAUUGCUCCGAAUGUUGGAUGAUUAA